AUGUCGAAUAUUCUGAAAUUCAAUGUAGAUGGAUCGAAAAGGGGUAAGCCUGGCACAGCUGGAUGUGGAGGUGCUUUAAGGGACUCCAAAAGUAACAUUAGAAGACUUUUCUGUGGUCCUCUUGGUAUUCAGGAUUCCAACAUGGCAGGCUGUAAAAAAAAAACAUCAGAGUUGUUCAAAACUUCACAGUCGUACAAGAAAGAAGCUCUAAUCAUCGAAUCAGAUUCCAUAGUGACAAUAUCUUGGAUCUACAACAGAGGAAAUAGACCAUGGGGAUUAUGGAGUACACUGGAUGAAAUUAAUAGUUUGAAGAAAAGUAUUGGAAUGGUGGGUUUUGUGCUUGCCUUCAGGGAAGCAAACUCUUUUGCAGAUGCAUUAGUCAAAUUGGGGGUUAAUUCAAAUGAGUUUUUCGUUGCUUGGUUGUAG